AUGGAAGACGAAGUUGCAGAGGACCGCUGGGAGGAGAGCAAAGCUCAAGAGGCGGUUGAGCAGUCCGAGUUUUCAGUCCCACAGAGCAUCUACCUCUCCUGGAUCAGGCAAGAGCUCGACGAUGAGCAGGCGUGCAUGGAGCUUCCGUUUAUGAUCGUGGUGUUGAUCUCUUUCACCCUGAUGGCUGUCCUGGCGCUGAGCCAGCAUGUGGUUCUCUCUGUAGAGCAAGCGAUCGAGCAGGAUAUCAUGCAAAAUGCAAACUUUGAUGCUCAGCUGCAGACAGCACAGGGUACCGGUCCCCUGUUUCUGGUGACUACUUGCCCCUUGAUGGCACAUCGCAGAGAGCAGGCUGUGGCCAGACCUUUCCUUGACGUCCAAGCGCAUUCAAGGCACUACAACCGGAUCGUUGGGGGCAUCCGCUUUCGCCAGCAGGUGGCGCCCGACGGGCCAUGUCGGUUCCCUGGCUCUGCUUCUCAGGAGCUCUUCAAUCGUUGGUAUGGGAUCCUCGGCAAAAUUUUGGCGUUCGGUUUUGUGAUGUCUUCGAGUUUCUCAUUGCCUGCCUGGAGAUCCCUGACGCCCAGGAAGCCUUGCGUACCAGCCUAUGAGGCACCUGCAUGGAUUUUAGCUCAGUUCCGCAUUUGCUGCCUGGUCUUCGCUUCAAGUUUGCAGGAGUUGGCCUUCGAGCCUGAUACCUCCAACGGUGAGAACUUCAUUCGGGCAGAGCGCCAGGAGUGGAUUCUGACCGAAGAUGACCACGCGCAAAUCGUCCAGCAACUGGUUGCAUCUCGGUGGAACUGA